AUGGAUAUGCAAAAAGGCUCUCAACCCAUUGAUGCUUACCUUCAUCAUGCUAAGUCCUUUGCCGAUUCAUUGGCUGCCAUCAAUGAACCUGUCUCCCCAAAAGAACUUGUCAUUGCUGUGCUCCAACGUUUAGGACCCAAUUACAAAAUGCUCGUCACAACAAUUCUCAAUUUUCCUCCGCUUCCUGACUUUGCUUAUUUUCGUGCUCGUUUGUUAGCUUUCGACGCACAGGCUCCUCGAAUCUCUCCUGAUCAAAACACAGCGCUAAUGGCCACCCAAUCUUCUCCUCACAGCAUUGGUCAUACUUCCUUUAAUUCUCACUGUGGUGGUGGGUCCUCCAGCAACAGGCAUGGUGGCCGUGGUGGCUGA